CAUCUCUCUCUUUCUCUCUCCCCUUCGUACAUGUUGCUUUUCAUUCUCUGAAUGAAACUACUACCAAAGGGGAAGUCGUAGCUCGUUUAAACUGCUACUCUGCUACUGCUUUUCUCUGUAAUUCGCUACUACUUUCACCGAAGAAUCAUCUCCUCGAUUUCUACAUUUCCAUUUUUUCAGCAAUCUUCGGGUUUUUUUGAAGCACAAAAGAUGGACGGUGGAGCAACGCAGUAUAAUCCUCGCACAGUUGAAGAGGUUUUUAGGGAUUUCAAAGGUCGUCGUGCCGGCAUGAUCAAAGCUCUUACCUCCGAAAAGGAGAAUUUGUGUUUGUAUGGGUUUCCUAGUGAGCAAUGGGAGGUCAAUUUGCCUGCUGAAGAGGUGCCCCCAGAACUCCCAGAACCAGCACUGGGCAUUAACUUUGCUAGAGAUGGGAUGCAAGAAAAGGACUGGUUAUCUUUGGUUGCUGUCCAUAGUGAUGCUUGGUUGCUUUCUGUUGCAUUCUAUUUUGGUGCGAGAUUUGGGUUUGAUAAGGCUGAUAGGAAGAGACUAUUCAACAUGAUAAAUGAUCUCCCAACGAUUUUUGAGGUUGUAAGCGGUACUGCAAAGAAAGCCCAGAAGGAAAAGACCGCAGUCUCUAAUCAUAGUAGCACCAAAUCCAAGUCGAACUCGAAAGUGCGAGAACCAGAAUCUCAGGGCAAGUAUCCGAAGCAGCAACCACCACCACCACCACCCCAACAACCAUCACUGAAAGACGAUGAAGAUGGAUUGGAGGAUGAAGAUGACGACGAGCAUGGCGAAACCUUGUGUGGGGCGUGCGGGGAGAAUUACGCAUCAGACGAGUUCUGGAUAUGCUGCGAUAUUUGUGAGAAAUGGUUUCACGGUAAGUGCGUGAAGAUCACUCCAGCCAGAGCCGAACACAUCAAGCAGUACAAAUGCCCUUCCUGCAGCAACAAACGAGCUCGUCCUUGAUCUUCUCAUUCUCAUUCUCGUUCUUGUAGAUGUAUCAUGCCGUCUUUAACUCUGAUACUACUACUACUACUACGAUUUUCUAACUGUCGGUCGGGUUUAGUGAUGAUGGGUUUUUUUAGCCCUUUGUUGGAUGCCUUCUAUUUUGCUCAGCAGAUGUCAGUUGCUGUAUAAUUUGGUCAGUAACAUGGGCACGUAUUUCCUUUUCAAACUUAUGCAUCCCACGUAAGAAUUCUUCAAUUGUUGAGAAAAAAGUCAUCUUUCGUUAACACCU